UGAGCUCUGAUUCUAAACUCUAAAGGGGAUUUUGUAUUCUUGCAAACCUUCCAAUUUCCAUAGUAGAAGUAUUAUUAUUUAUUAGUAUUAAUUAUUAAUAAGUUGGACAUCUAAAUAAAACUAAAACCAAAAAAAGAAAUAUGGGGAAAGAUGAAAGAAACAAAGAAAAAACCCAAAGAAUGAGACAUCAUCCAAUGUGAGACACACUAAACACAAGAAAGUACUCAAGACCCAUACCCCCCUUUUCUUUCCUCCCCUUUCUUUGUACUUUUCAAUUUUUUUCACCCAAAAAAGUUGAAAGCAACAACACCCUGUCCCUCUCCCCUCCACUCAUUUUUUUAAUUAUUAUUUUUACCUUUCAAAAUCCCAUUUAUUCAUUAUUUUACUAACUUACAUUUUUCUACUUACUGCAAGGCUACAAACCCUUAUAUAGGAAGUCCUAACUCCCAUAUUUGUGAACAUUAUUUUACACAUUACUCUCUACUUUCUACUUAUAUUUUCCUUUUCUUUUCUUUUUUAUUUCAACUUUCUACUUAUAUACUCUGAACAAAGUAAGCCUAACUCUUUUCUUUUUUGCCUUCCUUAACUUGAACUAUUUUCUCUCUCUUAUUUGCUUACUUUUAACUCUUUUCACUCUCUAAUUAGUAAGUGUAGUAGUCUUAAUAAAUUUUCUGCUUCUACGUUAAAUAUAGGCUUAGCUUUUCUUUUCUCUUGUCCUGCUAAAAAAGAAAGGCUAUACUAUUAAGCACAGCUCUUGCUUUGCUUUCUUCUCUAUCUCUGUCUCUCUCUUCCUGAUCCACACUGUUGUCAUAUUAUUGGUUUGUAAUGGAAUCACUGUCAGAGAAUGAAUGGUUGGGAAGCCCAGAUCAGUGUCCUUGUUCUGCAGCUCUUUUUUGAAGAAAAUAGUAGGGUGGACAAAAUUUGGGAGGGAGAAGGUUAUUAUAUGGGCUAUAAACUUACAAAAAAUUACUGUGACUUGGCUGAGUUGAAGAAGGGAGGAAUUGCUACUAUUUCAGCCAUUUUUGGGUCCUCUAGCUUUGAUACAGAGAAGGCAAUAGGAGAGAGGCUUGUGGAUUUGAAACUUGGUAGGUUAGGUGACUUUGGAAAAGGAUUAGUGAACAACUUCAAGGGUCAUUCAAAUUCUAUUAUGGACCCAUUUUCACCAACAGCUGGAUCAUCAAAAAGGCCCCGAACGCCAGGUACCACUAGCCAAGUGGUUUCGUGCUUAGUGGAUGGAUGCAAGGCCGACCUUAGUAAAUGCAGGGACUACCACCGACGCCAUAAAGUUUGUGAGAUGCACUCCAAGACCCCAAGAGUUACAAUUGGGGGCAAUGAACAACGCUUUUGUCAGCAAUGCAGCAGGUUUCACCCACUAGGGGAAUUCGAUGAGGGGAAGCGGAGUUGUAGAAAACGUCUUGAAGGACAUAAUCGUCGUAGAAGGAAGCCUCAGCCUGAACCCCUACCUGUGAAUCAAGGAAAUUUCUUUUCUGCUAGCCAAGGUAGUAGAUUUUUGGCAUUCAGCAACCAACCAAUAAUUCCAGCUACAUCAGUGGUGACAACUGCUUGGUCUGGAGCUGUUAAAUCUGAGAGCAACCCGACACUCUACAACAGCGCGGCACCUAGUUCAUACUCUCAGGCUUACAGAGGCAGACAGUUCCCAUUCUUACAAGUUCCUGAAUCCCCACUUACUGGAGUUUCUUCAGCUGGUCAAACACUUCAUCACGAUCCCAAUAAUGGUGGCGGAAGCAGCAGCAGCAGCAACAACAACAACAACACUAACAACCAGAAAACACUUUUCUGCAAUAGCCUGAACCAAGUGAUUGACUCGGAUCGUGCUCUCUCUCUUCUGUCAUCAAAUGCUGAGACUCCCGAGAUGGGUUUGGGCCAUACUUUCCAUCAUCCGAGCCUAGUAAACCCUACUCGGGCAAUGCUUUCAAGCCUGCACUACAACAGCGUUCCUUCUCAGUACCCAGGCUCCUCCCAAGGCCAUGGUAUGGAAGGACAUCCUACAGGUUCUGGACUGUUCUCGGACUUACGGAGCAGUAACAGCCUCUGCCAGGAUGUUUUCCAGAAUAAUACUGGUGCAUCUUCUACUAGUGGAGGCCAUCAAACACUUUCCUUCUCUUGGGAGUAAUUCGUUUCUGUUGCGAUUUGUUCGCUUGUCUAAUCUUUUCCUAAUCCUAAUUAAUCCUUAAUAAAAAAAAAAAUUACUUUGUUGUAUGAAAACUUUAUCUUUAUUUCUAAGUCUUAAAUGAGUUGGCUUUUCCUUGAAUUUGGUUGCCUCUUAAAUGCUUGACAAUUUGUGUUUUCUGGGAUACUACAGUCCCAAAAGAGAUGUCUCACUUUGUAAUUUAACCUACAAUAAUUCCAAACUUCCCUUACUUUGUUGAA